AUGCCGUUUCCUUUCCUUCUUAUUUGCGACCUUUUAGAACAGGCUCAUAGACAAUGCAAAUCGGAUCCUACCAAGGUCAACGAACGCGUGACCAACUGGUUCAAGCAACACCGCCAUCGGAUCGACGACUCAGGAAACAGUGCCUCCGCUCUAUUUUCUACGCUCCUACCGGAGAAGCGUACUGAUCGUGUAUACGGCAUUCAGGCCGACACGCUAUGUGGCAUCGUCGGACGGGUGCUGGGCCUUGGCCAGUCGCGUGUGAAAGAGAUGAAGCGAUUCAAAGAGCCCGGCCUAGGGUUGGAUCUGGCUGAUUGUAUCGAGAACAUUUUCAAAGAAACACCGAGCCCAUGCUACAACGCUGCAAAUCCUAUUACUAUUGAGGAGAUCGACACAGCUCUCAAUAGCCUCGCCGCCAGAUGCAGAUUCAGUUCUCCUGCAGUUCAGGCAUCACAGCUCCGACCGAGCAGCGCGCGCGACCGAGAUGAGCUUCUUUCCAGCUUGUACCUUCGCCUGAACGCCAGGGAAGCCAAGUGGCUGACUCGUCUCAUCCUCAAAAACUACCAGCCUGUCGUAUUCGACCCCAGACACGUCUAUUACUGCUACGAUCCGUUGCUCCCUAUGAUUCUAAGAGUCCAAGAUGACUUCUCCGCGGCUCUGUCUCUUCGUCAAAAGUUGAGGAACGACCCUUAUCUCCGCGACGAGACAGGACGAAAAAGACGCGAGAAUUUGUUGCAGCAUCUGACGCCUGUUCUGGGUGUCAAGGUAGGGAGACAAUCGUGGCUAAAGGGACGCAGCAUCAAACACUGCAUGAAAAUCGGCCAUGGUCAGAUGAGUUGUGAAAAGAAGGUUGAUGGGGAAUAUUGCCAGAUCCACAUAGAUCUGAGCAAGGGAUACAAGUGUAUUCAGAUCUUUUCCAAGAGCGGCAAAGACAGCACAUCAGAUCGCGCAGCAUUGCAUGGGUACGUUGAUGAUCGCCUCGCUGCGUUUGCGUGGGCUAAUGGCAACAGGGCAAUUCGCGAUUCCCUCAACAUCGGAAAGCUCGACUGCAAGUUCUCAAAGGGAUGCAUUCUAGAGGGCGAGCUAGUCGUCUACAGUGAUAAAGAACAAAAGAUUCUUCCAUUUCAUAAGAUACGAAAAUAUGUGUCUCGGUCUGGCAGCUUUCUGCAUACAGAGGCCGACUCACAACGGCAUCACUAUGAGCACUUGAUGAUCGUCUACUACGACGUCCUUCUCGUUGACGGAGAAUCACUGCUUGGAGUCCGGCAUAGCGAGCGGUUCAAGCGUCUGACUGACUUGGUCACCUGCCGAGAGGGAUUCGCCGAGCUGGUAGAACGCCAAAUUAUUUCCUUCAGCCAGCCCAUGGCUGCAUCCCACUUGAGAAAGGCAUUCGCCAAGUCUAUAACAGCACGAGACGAAGGCUUGGUCUUGAAGCCCGACGACCCCUACUUCGACUUCAGCGAAAACCGUCGCCCAUUUUCCGGUUGCCCCAUCAAGCUAAAGAAGGAGUACAUCGGCAGCUUUGGUGAUGUGGGCGACUUUGCUGUGGUGGCAGCUCGUUACGACCCGGACAAAGCCAAAUGCUACGGCAUCCCGAAUCUCAAGUGGACAAACUUCUACCUUGGUUGUCUUGACAACAAAGAAGAUGUUCAGAGGUUUCAGGCCAGACCAAGAUUCACAGUGGUUCACCAAGUAGAGCUGAACGAGACCAUGCUCAAGACGGUGGUGACCUAUGGCAGGCCUAUGCCUGUGGCCUUCGACGACAAUGAUACGCUGAUCUUGGAUAUUGCUCCAGGGAUCGCGCAACAAAAGAUGCCAAGUGUGGUCUUCACGGAGCCUUUGGUGUUCGACGUCCGUUGUUUCUCGUUUGAUAAGGAGGGAAACACAGGCUUCUGGCAGCCGAGGUUUCCUCAGGUAUCCAAGGUUCACUUCGACAGAUCCUUCAUCGACACCAUAUCUUUUUCAGAGCUACAGAAGGUAGCCGAGGACGCCACAACCACACCGCCAAUGGAGGACAGCCAGGAGAUGCUUGGCUGGAUCGCUGCGCUGGAAGGCGCAGACCCACGCGGUAUUCCUGUCGACGCUAUCAGCCAGUCGACGACUACCUCUCUCAUGACACCUUCCCGCACAUCCUCCGUUCAACCAUCAACUUCGCCAGCUCCUCGCGCGGAAAGUCCACUGACCAAUCGCCGAUCCCUUCCAGCCUUGCUUGAGGUGGCAGAGCCUGCUCUUGUCACUCCACCGACGUCUUCUGCUCCUGAAAGCAUUGCAGGCAAGACUACCAAAGCUGUCCACAUCGUCACUGCCGAGACGUCGUCCAAAGCCAAUAAGCGGGCGCAAGAAAACUAUCACCCUGUUGCUCGCGAGAACAAGCGACUGAGAGUUUGUUCAGACCCUUGCUUGGCCAAGCAAAAACCUGCUCCUCAGCAAAGUCGCCUGCCACUCGGAGAAGUGAGCGCCAACCGAACCGCUCCCUCACCUCGGGCUUCUCAACAAGUGGCAUUCACAAAGCCCGUUGAAACAGCUGCGAUGCCUCCGAACCCGACGCCGCCCUCGUCCGGCGGUGCCCAAGCCCCGGCCGCAGAGAAUGCAGCCCCUCAGGCACAUGGCUCGAACGAUCAAACCGAAAUGCCGCCUCCACCCCAACCAUCUCCUACCACCAAGGCAUGCGAAUAUGCAGGCAGCCACUGUCUCCUUGCAGAAAAGCGUACCGCCCUCCUCUCUCCCUGUAUCGCCCAGCAACUGUGGGUCACCGAAAACCUGCUUCCGUCCCACGGCAUCCACGAAUGGACCACAGAUCUCAAAUAUUGGAGCAGCAUCCCGGCGUGCUCACAGUCCAAGAAGAACCGCACCCGCAAGAUCUGCUUCGUCGAGCAUAAUCGCAAGGAAGCCACCAGAGAAUUCAUGAAACGAGCGGAGGAAAGCCCGCAAUACUUUCCCAGCGGGAAGCGCGAGUGGGUCGAGGUGUACGAUUGGCGCUUAUUGGAGGAUGUUACUGCAUUGGAGAGAGUGCUCAAGGGAUCAAAGGCGCUGUCUGACCAACCCCCUGAUCCGAAGCGCAAGUGGUUCGUCGGACUGGUCUAG